CUCUACAACAACAGCCCAACACAACACCAUGACCCGACCACAGCCCCUCCUCACCCUCUCCCGGAGGUACCUCACAACCAUCGUCACCCCCCGAACUUCGACAACCACAACCAGCCGCCUCCUCCGCGCCCCCCAACCCCAACCAGCACGCCCUCAUCUCCGCAUCACCACCACAACCCCCCUCAUCCGCACCUACCACUCAAUCCACUACCCCUCCCCCACGCACCCCUACACGAACUCCCAAACGACCAUCCUCAGCGCCGCCCUCCACCACGUCCCAACCCACGGCUUCACCCGGGACGCCCUAACCCUAGGCGCGCGCGACGCCGGCUUCCUCGACGUCUCCGUGCAGCUCUUCCCCCGCGCCGAAUUCGACCUCAUCCUCUUCUACCUCGCCAGUCGUCGGGGUCUGCUCCGAUCGAAAGUCGAAAAUGAUAAUCUGCUUCAGUCGGCGCAGCCGCAGUCCGUGGAUGAUAAAAUCAAGGUCUUGAUUAUGGAGAGGUUGCGGAUGAAUGCCGAGGUUAGGGAGAAGUGGGUUGAUGCACUCGCAAUCAUGUCCCUCGGCGAAAACAUCCCCAUGUCGUUAUCUGAAUUGCACGCGCUCUCGGACGAUAUUCUUUCGUUGGCGGGGGAUGUAUCCGUCGAUGCAUCGUGGUAUUCGAAGCGGUUGGCCAUCGCGGCGGUGUACGCGUCGUCCGAGUUCAUGAUGACGCGGGAUACGAGUGCGGGAUUGCGGGACACGGAGGAGUUUCUGGGCCGGCGGUUGGCGGAUGCCAGGGCCGUGGGGGAUAAGUUGUCGGGCGUGAAGCAGUGUUUGGGCUUUAUGGGGACGACGGCGGUGGGUUUGGGGAGGAGUUGGGGACUGAAGAUCUGAGCGGGUGCAUCAUGUGAGAUGUGCUGGGCUUGGAGUGUACUAUUAUUGCUAUUCGUUUAAAUGUAUGUAUGUAUGGGUGUCUCUUGCUUGCUUUUCGUCUGGUAGUGAUUACUACUGUAUAUGUACAAAUACAACGGGGUCUAUUAGUAGGCCUGGGCUUUGGCAAUCUCCCGCAU